ACCCAAAGUCAUCAUCCACAUCCUUAUGCCUCUAUCCCCCCACCACUCCCCCUUUCCAUCUAAACAAAGCCUUCUCCAUUCCCCACCACCUCCUCCACUUCACCAACCUUCCAUCUCUCCUCCAUCCUUCAUGGCCUCCUUCUUCUCCUCCUCUUCCAUCCUUCUUCUCUAAUUCACACUAUGCCUUCUUCUCUUCUUCUCCUUCUUCUCUUCAUCCACUUCCUUCUCUUUUCUGAAGCCACUAAGUUUGAUUUAACUACACUAUCUUUAACAAGCUUAAAGCUCCUCGGUGAUGCCCAUUUGCACAAUGGCACCAUUCGCCUGUCACGUGACUUGCCCGUCCCCAACUCCGGCGCCGGCCGUGCUCUCUUCUCCGAUCCCAUUCCCCUCCGCCACCCUGUAACUCACCUUCCCCUUCCUUUCUCCACCUUCUUCUCCUUCUCCAUCACUAACCUCAACCCCUCCUCCAUCGGUGGCGGCCUUGCCUUUCUCCUCUCCCCUGACGACCACUCUCUCGGCGACUCCGGCGCCUUCUUAGGCCUUCUCAACUCCUCUUCCUCUUCCCCUUCCCCUGUUCUUGCUGUUGAAUUUGAUACUCUUAUGGAUGUCGAGUUUCAUGACAUCAAUGGCAACCACGUCGGCAUCGAUCUUGGCAGUAUGGUCUCCUCUUUGGUCACCGAUCUUGACUCCGCCGGCAUCGACUUGAAAAGCGGCGAUCUUGUUAACUCUUGGAUCGAGUUCGACGACGAUGGCGUUCUUCAGGUUUUUGUCUCUUAUUCCACUGUUCGCCCUUCCGUCCCUGCUCUCUCCUUCCCUAUCGAUCUCUCCCAGUUCGUCCAGGAUUCCAUGUUCGUCGGCUUCUCCGCUUCCACCCAAGGCAGCACCGAGAUCCACACUAUAGAAUGGUGGACCUUUUCCUCUUCAUCAUCUUCUUCUUCUUCUUCUUCUCAGCCUCCGCCGUCACCUUCGCCGCCGGUGUUUUCUUCCACUCCGAAUGUUGCUUCUCCAUCACCACCUUCACUCGCCCCUUCAAUGUCAGUCUCCGUUGCCGAGAGUCCAAAGAAUGGAACAACGACGACGACUACGACCUCAUCAUCCUGCCAAAACAACCGCCUUUGCCGCCAAGGUCCAGCGGCUGUAGCAGGCGUAGCAACGGCCGGCGUCUUCGUGGUUGCCUCUUGCGCCGGCGUCGCCUUCUGGGUCUUCGCACGAAGAUCAAAGUCUUUUCAAGAAAUGGGAGAACUUGCCGCCGCCGCUGAGAUCGUCAACGCUCCGAGAGAGUUCAGCUACAAAGAGCUCAGCGCCGCAACCCGCUCAUUCGACUCCUCCCGCAUCAUCGGCCACGGCGCCUUCGGCACCGUCUACAAAGGCAUCGUCCCUGAAACCGGUGCUCUCAUUGCCGUCAAACGCUGCAUUCACAACGACGCCAAUAGUGUUCAAGGCCGCGCUGAGUUCCUCUCCGAGCUCUCCAUCAUCGCCAGUCUCCGCCACCGGAACCUCGUCCGGCUCCAAGGCUGGUGCCAUGAGAAAGGAGAGAUCCUCUUGGUCUAUGACUAUAUGAUCCAUGGCAGCCUUGAUAAAGCUUUGUUUGAAACCAAGUCACCGGCUUUAGGAUGGCGGCACCGGAAAGAGAUCCUCACCGGCGUGGCAUCGGCGCUGGCGUACCUCCACCGCGAGUGCGAGCGCCAAGUGAUCCACCGAGACGUGAAGUCCAGCAACGUCAUGCUCGACGAGGGAUUCCGCGCGCGUCUCGGUGACUUCGGCCUCGCUCGCCAAGUCGAGCACGAUAAGUCACCGGAUGCCACCGUCACCGCCGGCACAAUGGGAUAUCUCGCGCCGGAAUACCUCCUCACUGGUCGCGCCACGGAGAAGACGGAUGUGUUCAGCUUUGGCGCUCUCGUCCUCGAGGUUGUCUCCGGCCGAAGGCCGAUCGACGGGAACGAAGGCCGGAACUUGGUUGAGUGGGUGUGGCGGCUUCACGGCGAGGGGCGAAUAAUGGCGGCCGUGGACGAGAGAAUGGGCUGCGAGUUCGAUGAAGCGGAGGUGCGGAGGGUGUUGCUCGUCGGACUGGCGUGCUCCAGCCCCGACGCCGUGGCGAGGCCGGCAAUGCGCAGCGUCGUUCAGAUGCUUUCCGGCGAAACCGAGCCACCGUUCGUCCCUGGCUCCAAGCCAUCCAUGAGCUUCAGCUCAAAUCACCACCUUCUCCUCAGCUUGCAGGACAGCGUCUCUGACUACAAUGGCUUGCUUUGCCCGCUCUCUUCUUUAUCUUCUUCAACCUCUUCUCUUCGGAGCACCGUCGCCGGCGGCGUCUCCGCCGGCGACCACUGUUGAAUAAUAAUUUAUUAGUACCAAAUGUAGAUGUAUAUAUACCUUUCUUUUUUUUUUUCUUUUUAGGUUGGAUAUUUAGUUAGUUAAUUAAUUAAUUAAUUAUUAUUUUUUCUUAUUAUUGGCAAAUGUCUAUCAAAUAACAUGAUAUUUAUUAUUAUUUUGAGGAAUAAAUGAAGUGUUACAUUGGAUUCUGGGGA